UGGAGGGGCAGCUCAAUUCGUGCGGGGCAAUGACAGACGGAACACGCGCCCUGACAGCCGAGUGAGGAAAAAUAGCGACAACUUUGAGUGCUCAGAACCCUGAGCCGGAGGGCGAGUCACAGCUUCAGCUACAGCCCACUGCGGCACGUUUUCUGGACAUAAAAAAUCCCCAAGUUCGGAGUGAUUCCCAGUGACUCACCUUGGACUCCUCUGGCGCACUUAUGAACGCACUGCGUCGUCUCUCUUCAGCUCCGCUGCCCACACUCGGCCUCAUCCAUCCCUCUCGAGUAGGCACUCGCACAAUCCGGACAGCUGUUGCACCUCAUUGGCGCAGCCCAGUUCUGACACCACUUGCCCCGCGCGCCUUCCACAGCGACCCCCGACUGCAGAAGAAGUAUAUCCACACCCCGCUGACCAAAAACACGAGACGUCCCAAGCAAGAAAAGUUCAACAUGGCCCCUCCCGCGACGACUCUGAAGGGCGAGCCCCUCGACCGCCCGGCAUUGGACACAAUGCUGCGGCGGCGCAUGUUCUACACGCCGUCGUACGAGAUCUACGGCGGCGUCUCGGGUCUCUACGACUAUGGCCCACCCGGUUGUGCGCUGCAGGCCAACAUCAUUGACGCCUGGCGCAAGCACUUUGUGCUCGAGGACGACAUGCUCGAGGUCGACUGCUCUGUUCUGACGCCCCACGAUGUCCUGAAGACUAGCGGCCACGUCGACAAGUUCGCCGACUGGAUGUGCAAGGACACCAAGACGGGCGACAUCUUCCGGGCCGAUCACUACGUCGAGGAGAUCUUGGAGCAGAGGCUCAAGGGUGACAAGCUGGCGCGCGGCCAGAAGGUCGAGGCUGAGGAGGAGGACCCCAAAAAGAAGAAGAAGAAGCUCAAGGGUCAGGAGCAGGUCAUCAAGCUCGAUAAUGCUGUCGUCAAGGAGUACGAGGAGGUCCUAGCGCAGAUCGACAACUACGACGGUCCUGCCCUCGGCGAGUUGAUCACCAAAUUCGACCUCAAGAACCCCGCGACCGGCCUGCUGCCCACCCCUCCCGUCUCGUUCAACUUGAUGUUCAGCACCUCCAUUGGCCCCAGCAGCAACCUCCGUGGCUACCUCAGGCCCGAGACAGCUCAGGGCCAGUUCCUAAACUUCGCCAAGCUGCUCGAGUUCAACAACCAGCAGAUGCCUUUCGCCUCGGCGUCCAUUGGCAAGUCCUACCGUAACGAGAUCUCGCCUCGCGCGGGCCUGCUCCGCGUCCGCGAAUUCCUGAUGGCCGAGAUUGAGCACUUUGUCGACCCCGAGGGAGGCAAGAAACAUACCCGUUUCAGCAGCGUCGCCGACAUUGAGCUCGAGCUCCUGGACAGGGACACCCAGCUUUCGGGCAAGACGGAUACCAAAAAGGUUUCCAUCGGCAAGGCAGUUGCGGACGGCCUCGUGGACAACGAGACGCUUGGUUACUUCCUGGCCCGGAUCCACCUGUUCCUCAAGAAGAUUGGUGUCGACCAGACCAAGAUCCGGUUCCGCCAGCACAUGGCCAAUGAGAUGGCACACUACGCAUGCGACUGCUGGGAUGCUGAGCUCCUGACGUCGUACGGCUGGGUUGAGUGCGUUGGCUGCGCUGACCGUAGCGCCUACGACCUGAGCGUACAUGCCAAGAAGACCGGAGCCCCCCUGAUAGUGCGGCAGCGGCUGGAAGAGCCCAAGAUCGUUGAAGAGUGGACCGUUGACAUCAAUCGUAAGAUGUUCGGCCCCAAGUUCAAGAAGGAGGCCAGGUUUGUCGAGGGUGUUCUCAUGGCAAUUCCCCAAGAGCAGCUCGGCGCCCUGGCGAAGAAGCUCGAUGAGGAGGGUGCUAUUUCGCUAGAUGUCCCUGAGGCUGCCGGCGGCAAAACCAACGUUGAUAAGGAGGCGAUCUCUAUCAAGUGGACGAAGAGGACCGAGAAUGUCAGGGAGUUUGUGCCCAACGUCAUCGAGCCCUCCUUCGGAAUUGGUCGAAUCCUGUACUCGCUUCUGGAGCACAACUACUGGACUCGAGGCAGCGAGGGCGGUGAUGAGGCUCGCGGUGUUCUCUCAUUCACCCCGGUCGUUGCCCCGACCAAGGUUCUGAUUGUUCCCCUCUCGGGCAAGGACGAGUUCCGGCCAUUUGUGCAAAAGAUCUCACAGAAGCUGCGUUCCGUCGGCGUGUCCAACAGGAUCGACGAUUCAUCUGCCACGAUUGGCAAGCGGUACAGCCGCAAUGACGAGCUCGGCACGCCGCUGGGCAUUACGAUAGAUUUCCAGACGGUCCAGGACAACACCAUAACGCUGCGCGACCGUGACUCCACGCGGCAGGUCCGCGCGAGCGAGGAUAAGAUUGUGGAUGCGAUCCAGUCUCUCGUCUCGGGCGACAAGACAUGGAAGGACAUCGAGUCUGAGCUGCCGCUCUUUGAGGGCCAGGAGGUUGAGAUUGCCAACCGCUAAUGGACUAGGUAGCUAGCAAGGGAGAAGGGAUCAGAACAAAAGAAAAGCCAUUUGUAUACUCCAAUUAGCCAUGAGCCAGGGCCUCGGUCGAGCGCAGGGUGGGUGUAGGCGAGAUUUGAUACAUAUUCGGAUGAGUAUGUAAUAAUGUUGGUAUCUGCCGUCCGUCUAUAAAGCGAUAUUCAGGAGAUCUCUGUCACGGCCUCUCCCUUUGCGGGUCUUUACGCCAUAAAAGAGGCAUCCGAUAAGCAGCAGGGCA